UCCGAUUUCCACUCUCUUCUACUCCUUUCCUCUCUCUCUGUCUCUCUCUCUCCAUUCUCUCAUUCAAUGAUAUUUAACCACAGUCCACUUUCUCCAACACCCUGACGAAGAAACUGGAAAUUAGGGGACUGUGGUGAAUUCUGGGGGAAUCUAGGGGUCUGCAACAAUGGCGGGGAACGACUGGAUAAACAGUUACCUGGAAGCAAUUCUCGACGUGGGUCCUGGACUAGACGACGCCAAAUCGUCUCUGCUGUUGAGGGAGCGAGGCAGGUUCAGUCCAACUCGCUAUUUCGUCGAGGAAGUCAUCACUGGGUUCGAUGAGACCGAUCUUCAUCGCUCUUGGGUCAAGGCUCAAGCGACGAGGAGUCCACAGGAAAGGAACACGAGAUUGGAGAAUAUGUGCUGGAGGAUUUGGAACUUGGCUCGUCAGAAGAAGCAGCUUGAGGGAGAGCUAGCUCAGACAAAUGCUAAGCGACAUAUUGAACGUGAAAGGGGCCGCAGGGAAGCAACUGCUGAUAUGUCAGAAGACUUGUCAGAGGGUGAAAAGGGAGAUGCCCCUAGUGAUCUAUCAACCCAUGGUGACAGUAACAGGGGAAGACUGCCCAGGAUUAACUCUGCUGAUGCUAUGGAAGCAUGGGCCAGCCAGCAGAAAGGGAAAAAGCUGUACAUUGUACUGAUAAGGCAUGAACUCAACUUUAGGCUUUUGGUGUUUAAUUAUUAUAAUAAUGCAUGCAGCCUCCAUGGACUAAUACGAGGAGAAAGUAUGGAGCUUGGACGUGAUUCAGAUACUGGUGGUCAGGUUAAGUAUGUUGUGGAACUUGCAAGAGCUUUGGGUUCCAUGCCAGGAGUGUAUCGAGUAGAUUUGUUAACAAGACAAGUGUCAGCUCCAGAUGUAGAUUGGAGUUACGGUGAACCGACUGAGAUGUUGACUCUUACAAACUUGGAAGAUGAUGAAGAUGAGAUGGGGGAGAGCAGUGGUGCCUAUAUAGUCCGGAUACCGUUUGGACCAAAGGACAAGUAUAUUGAGAAAGAACUGUUGUGGCCUCACAUCCCGGAAUUUGUUGAUGGUGCGCUGAACCAUGUAAUCCAGAUGUCCAAAGUCCUAGGUGAACAAGUUGGUGGGGGGAAACCUGUUUGGCCAGUUGCCAUCCAUGGCCACUAUGCUGAUGCUGGUGACUCUGCAGCUCUUUUAUCCGGUGCUCUAAAUGUGCCAAUGCUUUUUACUGGCCACUCACUUGGGCGGGAUAAGUUGGACCAACUACUGAAACAAGGUCGACUUUCGAGAGAAGAAAUAAACUCCACAUACAAAAUAAUGCGUAGGAUUGAGGCCGAGGAACUUGCGCUUGAUGCAUCUGAGAUUGUCAUAACAAGCACUAGACAAGAGAUAGAGCAACAGUGGAGGUUGUAUGAUGGUUUUGAUCCGGUUUUGGAGCGUAAACUGCGCGCAAGAAUCAGGCGCAAUGUCAGCUGUUAUGGAAGGUUUAUGCCUCGGAUGGCUGUAAUCCCUCCUGGAAUGGAGUUCCACCACAUUGUCCCUCACGAUGGUGAUAUUGAGGGCGAAGCCGAAGGAAAUGAUGACCAUCCUACUUCUCCUGAACCACCAAUAUGGCCUGAGAUAAUGCGCUUUUUCACCAAUCCUCGCAAGCCAAUGAUCCUUGCACUUGCUCGGGCAGACCCCAAGAAGAAUAUCACAACUUUGGUCAAGGCAUUUGGAGAAUGCCGCCCCCUGAGGGAGCUUGCUAAUCUGGUAUGACGUUUCGUACAAUUAGAGGAGAUUUAUUCUUAUCUGGCGUCAUUCACUUUCAAGUGCCUUACCGUGUAUUCUCUUCACCUCCGCCUCUUCUCUUAUAUGAACUUUAGACUCUAAUCAUGGGGAAUAGAGAUGAAAUCGAUGAAAUGCCAAGUACAAAUGCCUCCGUACUCCUUUCAGUGCUUAAGCUCAUUGACAAAUAUGAUUUAUAUGGGCAAGUGGCAUAUCCUAAGCAUCACAAACAAGCUGAUGUUCCAGAUAUAUAUCGCCUAGCUGCAAAAACUAAGGGCGUCUUCAUCAAUCCAGCUUUCAUUGAGCCAUUUGGGCUAACUCUGAUCGAGGCCGCAGCAUAUGGCUUGCCGAUGGUUGCUACAAAAAAUGGUGGCCCUGUGGACAUUCAUAGGGUACUAGACAAUGGACUUCUUAUUGACCCACAUGAUCAACAAUCAAUUGCAAAUGCGCUUCUGAAGCUAGUAGCUGACAAGCAGCUUUGGGCAAAAUGCCGGCAAAAUGGUUUGAAAAACAUACACCUCUUUUCAUGGCCAGAGCAUUGUAAAACCUACUUGUCACGGAUAGCUGCUUGCAAGCCAAGGCACCCACAGUGGCAGCAAACCGACGAUGGAGGUGACACAUCAGACCUAGAUUCACCUGGCGAUUCAUUGAGGGACAUACAUGACAUUUCCUUGAACUUGAAGUUCUCAAUGGAUGGAGAUAAAGGGGCUUCAGGAAAUGACAGUUAUCUCGACUCUGAAGGAAACCUUGGCGAUGGUAACAAGAGCAAACUCGAGCAUGCGGUGAUGGCUUGGUCGAGGGGCGUCUCGAAGGAAUCUCGUAAAUCCGACAGAGGUGAACAAUCCCAGGGCUCGGUUUUUCCUGCACUGAGGAGGAGGAAGCAUAUCUUUGUCAUUGCGUUGGAUUGUGAUGACAUCAAUUCUCUGGUUGAAGCCAUUAGGAAGAUAUUUGCCUCUCUGGAAAAGGAAACCACCCAAGGCUUAAUCGGGUUCAUACUGUCGACGUCAUUGACAAUAACCGAGAUAGAGUCGUUUCUUGCUUCUGGAGGGUUUAACCCGAGUGACUUUGAUGCUUUUAUCUGCAACAGUGGUAGUGAACUCUAUUACUCGGCCCCCGGUGCAGAAGAUGGUCCAUUUGUGGUUGACUUCUAUUACCAUUCUCAUAUUGAGUACCGUUGGGGUGGAGAAGGGCUCAGGAAGACUUUAGUACGCUGGGCAUCUUCUGUUGUGGAUAAGAAGACUGGUAGUGAGGAGCAUAUUGUCAUUCCUUCUGAACAACUUUCGACCAACUAUUGCUAUGCCUUUAAAUUGCAGAGGCAGGUUCCACCGGUCAAGGAACUUCGUAAGGCACUGAGAAUUCAGGCGCUUCGGUGCCAUGUGGUCUACUGCCAAAACGGAAGCAGGAUAAAUGUAAUUCCUGUGUUGGCUUCUCGAUCUCAAGCCCUCAGGUAUCUAUAUGUACGUUGGGGAGUCGAGUUAACAAAUAUGGUGGUGUUCACUGGAGAAAGCGGCGACACUGAUUACGAAGGGUUGCUGGGUGGAGUUCACAAGACGGUGGUUCUGAAGGGAGUCUGCAGUUCUGCAAACAGUCAACUCCAUUUGAACAGAAGUUACCCUCUCUCCGAUGUCAUAGCAACCGACAGUCCGAACGUCUCUUAUACAGCCGAAGAAUCGAGCAGCUCCGACAUCCGGGAUUCGUUGCAGAAGUUGGGAUGCAUCAAAGCAUAGAACUCUGCAACAAAAACGAAACUCAGAAAGCCUGUGACUCUUUGAGCUGCCUUCUAAGACCUCAGAAAUAUGACCUCUUUUCAUUUCAAUCUCCCCCCCAAUCCUGCAUCCCCAUUUGUUCAUUUCCUUUUCUCAAGUCCAAAAUCAGUCCUCUUUGUCACUCGAAUCCUUAAUGGGAUGUUUUCCUCAGGGAAGGAAAAACCAGAGGACCUGUUUGAUAUCUCAUCUUCUGAUAUAUAUACAUGCAAAUUCCUAGAACUCAGUAGGGGAACGAAACUUCUGGCAUGGCUUCUCCAAUAAACAGUUUCUUCUUCCUUUCCCAAUUCCCAUCACCAUCUUUAAAUUCCAUCAUCAAGAUUUGUAGUUGGCGUCCCAACCAAUUCCUUGCCUUUAACUUUCGUGUACGUAAAACUUGGGCACCUCCGAGUCCGACUUAAUGCCUGGCCAUGACAUAAGCUGUCAUGAUUUCUCUUGUUUUUGUUUUCGCUGGUUACGAAUU